GAAAGAAAGAAAGAUGGAGUGAAGCAGAAGAUAUAUUGGAGGGGAGAGUGGGAGAUGACAGAGAGAGAAACACUGAAAGUAAGGAGGAAUAAUAAGGAAAAAGUGAUGGAGAAGAGACAAGAUCUGUGAGAGGGUUAAAUAUUGUGAGGGGGAGGGAAGGAGGAAAAGAGAGAGAGAGAAGGAGAAAGGGAGGGAGGGAGAGAGACGGAGGAGGGGCAGAGAGAGGGAGAACGAAACGGCCACAGAAUCUCUCAUUUAUUUCUUUGUUAUUUCUUUACAUGGGAUAAAAAAUAUAGCAAGAAUAGAAUCAGCUGGAUACAUCAGAGUCUGUGAAAAAGAGAGCUGUUCAGAGGGCUAAAAGGGAGAGAGAAGACCAGGGGUAGAGAGAGAAAUCCAGGAGAGCACAGAGAGAAGCAGAUAGCAAUAGAUAGAUAGAUACGGAGGUAAAAGGAGGGAGAAGGAAUGCGAGAGACUGCGAGGAGAGAAGGAGAGAUGGGUAUGGAUUAAGAGGAGGCUCGGAAAAGGUGGAAAAAGGGUAGAGAAGGGAAAGGCGCAGGAAAGAGACAUAUGGAUCUACAGACUGGUGGGAGAGACAGACAGAAAAUCCAAGGAAAUUAGAAUCGGUUCACAAAAAAAGAGACUGACGGGAGAGGAAUGACGAGAAGACUGAGACAGGGAAAACAAGACAUUAGGAGCAGGCAGAUAGUGAAGGUGUGGAGAGGGGGACUUUGGUAAUAGAACUCAGUAAUAAAGGUCAGUGUGCAGACAGAUCAGUCAGGAAUUUGGCAAGUCUGUUCCUGAGUGUGGCUAGUGAUGUUUUUAUGCCUGGCUUGAUCCCUGUCACACCAUUGCGACAGUGGUUACCAUGCUGGAUGUCAGGGUUACCUAUAUCAGUCAUUGGGGUAACGGGGGCUGUUAAUACACCAGAGUGGCUACCUAACAGGUGCACCAAGAAAAAAACCAGAGACACGUUGGGCUAGCACCUUGGAGAGAGACCUGUCACGGAGACUGUCAGAGGCUACUGACAUACACAAGGUGAUCAGUCAUCUGGAGAGACAGGUAAAGGAACGGCUGAUCUGUUCGAAAAUCGGGGGCAAGAGCGAUAUUAUCCCGUGGCAAGGACUAGCAGUAAAUCCGGUGUAGCUGUCACUGACCCCUGGCUGUCAGAGAUCCAGCAAAGGUUGUUAUUCCAGAGAUCGUUUGAGUGGGAGAUGGCUACCAACUUGUAGUGGGGCCACCAGGAUACAAACAUUUUUAGUGUCUUCCAUCUUGUGACUAAGGAAUAGCCAAUACGACUAACAAUUUUGUGCAGCAUCUCAAAGUGGCCAGCAAUCUGCAGAGCAUCUACAAGAGGAAGACUACGCGGCAAACCCAGCAGAAUGCAAACAGGGUUAGCGUCGGAAAGGACUGUUUACCGUCCUGUGGCUGGCACAAAUCCCAUAGGGGCUAAUAUACUAAUGAGAGCCUAAGCGAAAGAGGCUAUAGACCUGUGGUUGGCCUGGUGUUGAAGAAUUACAGCAGCGAGGAGUCUGUGUCAUUGUGAAAUUGGCUGUUGGACUAGUACAGAGCCACAGAGAGCAGCUACGGCAAGAGGCUACCACCCUGGUAAGGAGCUGAAAUCUACUAAAACAGAAGCUGGCUACGGCGCGGCAACCAGGUGAAGUGGACUAGCAUCCUACUAAUAAAGGCCAGCUGUAAUAUUUGGACAGCGGUUAACCCUGUGCUGUCAAGCGCAGGAGGCGGGACCUGGGCCAAAAAGCCUCUACCCCCGUGGGAUCAUGCCUGGCGCAAGUCGGCUAGUAAGGGAGAAUCGGUGACAAGCUAUUCGUCCCAAAAUCGCUCAAAAAUAUUUUUAAAAAUACACAUAUCGGGAGAAAUAUCCACGCAGUAAGAUAUCCAGUGUUGGCAUUGUGAUGUUACAGUGGAGCUCUCAGUGACAGGGUUGCGCAGAGCGGUAUGGCGGGGGCCUGGCUGGUUUUCUGGGGUCUCUGUUCAGCCGCCAUAUUGUUGACUUCCUCCACUCAAGGCCUGAGCCGGGCAGCCCUUCCAUUUGGCUUGAUGCGUCGCGAGUUGGCUUGUGAAGGGUACCCCAUUGAGCUGCGAUGCCCUGGCAGUGACGUCAUCAUGGUGGAGAAUGCCAACUAUGGGCGGACAGAUGAUAAAAUUUGUGAUGCUGACCCUUUCCAGAUGGAGAAUGUGCAGUGCUACCUACCUGACGCCUUCAAGAUCAUGUCACAGAGAUGUAACAAUCGCACACAGUGUGUUGUUAUUGCUGGCUCAGACUCCUUUCCGGAUCCAUGCCCUGGGACAUACAAAUAUCUGGAGGUUCAAUAUGACUGCGUACCAUACAUUUUUGUCUGCCCGGGCACCCUUCAAGAAAUACUGGAACCUACUUCAACCCAUGAGUCUGACCACCAAUCAGGUGCCUGGUGCCGAGAUCCUCUGCAGGCUGGUGAACGCCUCUAUGUGAUGCCAUGGAUACCCUACCGUACAGACACCCUGACAGAAUAUGCCACAUGGGAGGACUAUGCUGCUGGCCGCCACACCACCACAUAUCGUUUACCAAGCAGGGUUGAUGGCACAGGUUUUGUUGUGUACGAUGGGGCUGCUUUUUACAAUAAAGAACGUACCCGCAAUAUUGUCAAAUAUGAUCUUAGGACACGGAUAAAAAGUGGAGAAGCAAUCAUAUCCACAGCAAACUAUCAUGAUACCUCGCCCUAUCGUUGGGGUGGAAAGACCGACAUUGACUUGGCAGUGGAUGAAAAUGGGUUGUGGGUUAUCUAUGCAACAGAAAACAACAGCGGUCGACUAGUGGUCAGCCAGCUCAAUCCUUAUACUUUACGGUUUGAGGGCACAUGGGAGACUACGUAUGACAAGCGAUCAGCAUCAAAUGCUUUCAUGGCAUGUGGGGUUCUCUAUGUGCUGAGGUCAGUGUAUGUGGAUGAUGAUAGUGAAUCUGCAGGAAACCGGCUUGAGUAUGCCUUCAACACUCAUCGCAACAGGGAAGAGCCACUCGGGACAGCAGGUUCCACAGGUCUGGAUUUUCCGAAUCCUUACCAGUAUGUGUCAUCUGUGGACUACAAUCCAAGAGAUGGACAGCUCUACGUAUGGAACAACUACUUUUUGGUGCGCUAUGCAUUGAGAUUUGGACCCCCAGACCCAGCAGAGGGUCCCCCCACCCCUACGCCUCCUGUGGUCACUGUCACUUUACCUCCUCCUCCAGUGACAGUUACUACACCCCCUUCUGCCACUACUACUGUCCGACGUCCUCCGCUCACAACUCAUCCUGUUGGGGCGAUAAAUCAAGUUGGCCAUGACCCCCCCACACCUGGGACACGACGUCCUCCUCCAUCAAACCAGCAUUCUCAUUCAGAGAUCUUCUGUCCUCCACGGGAAGAACGUAAAGUCCAGUGGCCAGCCACACAGCAAGGCAUGUUGGUGGAGAGGCCAUGUCCCAAGGGAACUAGAGGCAUUGCCUCAUUCCUCUGUCUGCCAUCACUGGGUGUAUGGAAUCCACGUGGUCCAGACCUGAGCAACUGUACUUCUCCGUGGGUCAACCAGGUGGCCCAGAAGAUCAAGAGUGGGGAAAAUGCUGCCAACAUAGCAGGGGAGCUGGCCCGCCACACACGUGGACAGAUUUACGCUGGGGACGUCACUUCGUCUGUCCGUCUACUGGAUCAGCUCUUGGAUAUACUCGACCAUCAACUACAAGUUCUAAGACCAGUAGAGAGAGAGAGUGCCGGCAAAAAUUAUAACAGAAUGCACAAGAGGGAGAGGACCUGCAAGGACUACAUUAAGGCUGUGGUAGAAACUGUUGACAACCUCUUGCGUCCUGAGGCGCUCCCCUCGUGGAGGGAUAUGAAUGUGACUGAGCAGGAACAUGCUGCCACAAUGUUAUUGGACAUAAUGGAAGAAGGGGCCUUCUUACUGGCCGACAACAUUAAGGAGCCGGCACGCUUCCAGACCGCACGUUCUAAUGUUGUGCUGGAGGUAUCAGUGGUCAACACUGAAGGUGCAGUCACCGAGCUUAUCUUUCCUCAGGACAAUCUCAGUGUCAGCUCUAUUCAGCUUUCUGCCAACUCUAUCAAACAGAACAGUCGCAAUGGGGUUGUAAAGGUGGUCUUUGUUUUGUACAAUAACCUGGGGUUAUUCCUGUCCACUGAAAACUCGACUGUGCGUAUUGGAGGAGAGAGUGGCACCACGGGACACUCACUGGUGGUGAAUUCGCAGAUCAUCGCGGCCUCAAUUAACAAGGAGUCCAGCCGAGUCUUCCUCAUGGACCCUGUGAUAUUCACAUUGCCACAUCUACAGACCAAAAACCACUUCAAUGCCAACUGCACGUUUUGGAACUACUCUGAACGCUCUAUGUUGGGGUACUGGUCCUCCCAGGGCUGUCGUUUGCUUCACACGAACAAGACUCACACAACCUGCGCAUGCAGCCAUCUCACCAACUUUGCUGUUUUGAUGUCACACAGGGACAUGUACCAGGGUCGUAUUAAUGAGUUGCUGCUCUCGGUCAUCUCGUGGGUGGGCAUUGUGAUUUCUCUGGUCUGUCUCGGAAUCUGUAUCUCUACAUUCUGCUUCCUGCGAGGUCUCCAGACUGACAGAAACACCAUCCACAAGAACCUGUGUGUCAGUCUGUUUCUGGCAGAGUUACUCUUCCUCACCGGCAUUGAUAAGACACAGUACCAGGUGGUGUGCCCCAUACUAGCAGGGCUUUUGCAUUUCUUCAGUUUGUCAGCUUUCUCCUGGUUGUGCCUGGAGGGAGUUCAGCUUUAUCUCAUGUUAGUGGAGGUGUUUGAAACGGAGCACUCUCGCCGCAAGUACUACUACCUCUGCGGAUACGUUUUCCCUGCACUUGUGGUGGGAAUUUCGGCGGCUGUGGAUUAUAGGAGCUAUGGAACGGAUAAAGCAUGUUGGCUGAGGGUUGAUAACUACUUUAUCUGGAGCUUCAUUGGGCCUGUUUCACUGGUUAUUGUGGUGAACCUCCUUAUUCUAUUGGUCACACUCCAUAAGAUGCUUCGGUCCUCCUCGGUUCUAAAACCAGACUCCAGUCGCCUGGAAAAUAUCAAGUCUUGGGCUCUUGGUGCAGUUACCCUCCUCUUCCUCCUCGGUCUCACGUGGGCUUUUGGGCUUCUCUUCAUUAAUAAGGAGUCUCUGGUCCUGGCAUAUCUCUUCACCACCUUCAAUGCUCUGCAGGGACUUUUCAUCUUUAUCUUCCACUGUGCUCUGCAGAAGAAGGUGCACAAGGAGUACAGUAAGUGCUUGCGACAUUCGUACUGCUGCGUAAGAGGCCCCGGGGCAGAACACGGGACCCUCAAGUCAACUGUUAACAGUCGCUACUACACGCAGAGCAGGAUCCGCAGAAUGUGGAAUGACACGGUCAGGAAACAGACAGAGUCUUCCUUCAUCGCUGGAGACCUCAAUAGUACUCCAACCCUCAAUAGAGGCACCAUGGGUAACCACCUGCUGACCAAUCCUGUGCUGCAGAGUCGUGUGGGCACUAGUCCAUAUAAUACGCUAAUCACAGAGUCUGUUGGUUUCAGUCCUUCAUCUCCGGGAUAUAAUGCCACUGGAAGCUUCAGAGAUCCUAAGCACACCUUAAGUCGAGACCCUUGUGGCAAAGACCCUCUUCCUCCACUUCCUCUCAAUGGUAACUUUAAUAAUAGUUAUUCCCUCCGCGCUGGAGAUUUCCCUCCGGAUCCUUCCAAGCUCACAGAUGGUAGUGGAGGAGGCCGAAGAAAUCUGACCGAUGCAGCAGCUUUUGAAAAAAUGAUAAUUUCAGAGCUAGUGCACAGCAACCUACGUGGAAAGUCACAUGGAGGACCAACAGAAACAGGAGAUGAAGAGGCAACAACGGGAGCAGCUGCAGAUGGCGGAGAGGUCCCUUCCCUGGAGAUGGAGCGCAUGUACAAAGCUCUGGAGGAGCCUCUCCUUCUACAGAGAGCACAGUCUAUCCUCUACCAAAGCGAUCUGGAGGAGUCAGAGGCUGAAGCUGCCCCACGUGACUCACCAAAUCGUGAUUCCCUCUAUACAAGCAUGACCAACCUCAGAGACUCCCCGUAUCCAGACAGCAGCCCUGAGCCAGGCCUGCCUUCAGCUGGGGAGAUGCUGCCGUGCCACCAGGGGGUCCCGCAACCGACGGGAGCAGAUGCCAUGUACUUCCCCAGCCGAUUGGGGUCUGUACCCCGGGGGCAGUUACAAGCCUUCUACCAGAUGCCCCAGGGAUUUCUGGGUCUGGAGGGGUCAGUGCCCGAGGGAGAUGGGCAGAUGCAGCUCAUCACCAGCCUCUGAACUUAUUCUCCCACCCCUGACACCAACACAUUAAUUCCCUAGAAAAUUCUGCCCCGUCUCCAUUACAGAAGAAAGCAAAGCCAGUUGGAAGAAAGGGGGAUAUCAGGGGAUACCAAGUUGGGCCAGGGGUGAGGACAACAUGCUGCUGUUUUGGCUAAUGGACAGUUUGGAAACACAAGUGGAAUCUGGACCCCCUUGUAUCACCUCUUCAUUGCCCCCUAUAUGUUUGGGAAAGGGGUAAGCUGUAUGUGGGUGGGGGAGAGUGAACAAUACAGUUAGGGACUGUGGGUGCCAAAAAUGCCUCUCCAAACAGCUACUGAAACGACAUUGAGUUUGCCGCUGAAACUUACAGUAUUGUUGUAAAGCCAGUAAGAAGACAGAUAAGGGGAAAGUAGAUGUCGGAUGAUUAUUUUGCCAAGGGAGAUUAAGGAUACUGGAUGGUAUUUAAAAAAUGGAAACAACCACGCUGAGAUUAAAUUUUAGAAUGGUGCCAAACAACCAGUGGGCUGCAGGAUACUGAAUAGUUAUAGAAAAUAACUAGAAUAACAUUUGGGAAUCGAUAUAUGCACUUACGAGAGGUAUAAAAUUAAAUUUACCUUUUGGCAAAAAAGAA